AUGGCACCGCGCAAAUCUCCAGCGCACGCUGCAACCGUGGCUCCCAACGGUCCAUCGACUCUCGACGCCAUCCAAGCUACUCCGCCAUUCUUCAAUACCACCUUUUCAACGCAUCGAGUUUCGCCACUAUUCGUCGGCCCCCAAGGCCUCACGACAUCACGGCUUGAGCUUCUGGCGCGUCGACUGCGCGACACGCUAGUUGGAGACGUCGUGCGCGGCAUCCAAAUUCGUCGGUUCCAGCCGCAGACCAUCUUGGGCGAAACACCGUCCCUGGACUCGGAAGAAGUAGAGGCAGGCCUCUGGGUCGAAAUAUGCCAUGAAAAUUCUGCCUACGCGGCGCUGCUGCUGCCAAGCUUGGCCGAAUCGGCCGACGGCCAGCGUCCCUCAUGGGCAACCAGUCUCACCAACACGAUGAGCAAGACCCAAUUCGAUCAAAAGCAGUUCAUCAACCUGCCGCUUUUGCUGCUACGGAUGCCACAUGGGCUCAAAACAGUCAUCGGUGAAUGGCUAUCGACGAUGUUUGACUGCCGGGUGAGCAAGCUUACGCUGGGUACCAAGACACUCAUCAACGUGUGGGAAGGCUGGAUCAGCUCGGCGGGCAUCCCCAGCAAGGGCUCCGACUUUGUCAUGACCCUGGCUUUCAAUGCGCCUGCAACAGAGCCCGGGCUGAGGACUCUGGAGAUUGCCAUCUCACCCUCUGAUCUCGGCCGCUUUUUACGAGCUGGGCAGGCGGACGGCUCGCGUCAGGUGACCGUUACAGCUCCGUGGGAACACGACCCGCGCGAACGCCGGAGGCUGGCCGGAGGCAAUGCAGACGACGGAUGGGCUUGGCGACACGGCCGGGAGCAGCCCAAACACCCCUUCACCGAGGCCUUGGCUCGAUACGUCGACCACCAUCUUGCCAUGAAUUUGUUCCACCCCAGCGUACGAGUCGUCCAGAUAUCAUGUGGAGCUUUUGUGCUGGCACAGUCGAGACUCAAAGUAGUCAAGGCGGGCGACAUCACCCCAGACCUCACACGCGCGGCGUGGAUGUUCGUGACGCAGCUGGGUGCAAGGGUAUGCGACAGCAGUUCUCUGAUCUGA